AUGUUUGCUUUAUCGUACUUUACUUUACUAAGGCAACGGCCAGCAACGACCAGCAACGGCCAGCAACGCCAGCAACGCCAGCAACGGCCAGCAACGACCAGCAACGGCCAGCAACGACCAGCAACGACCAGCAACGACAGCAACGACAGCAACGACAGCAACGACAAGACCGGCAAGCGCGACAAGCGCGACGAGCACGACGACCAACGACAACCAACGACAACCACAACUAAGACCAUAACCAAGACCAUAAGAACGGCGACCAACCACGACCAACCACGACCAACAACGACCAACAACGACCAAGACCAAGACUACGAGAACUACGACGACGAGAGGAACGAUAAUAACAAUAUUAACCGAGAAGACCAUAGACUAGUUCGUCCAACGAUAUUGGAAGCAUGGAACAACACCUAG